AUGAUCGGACCAGGCGGAGAUGCGCCUAUGGCGCUCGGCGUCCUUUGGGGCUUGACGGCGGUUACGCUAUGCUUCGUCUUGCUGCGGCUGUAUACUCGAAUUUCCAUUCUUCAAGCGUAUGGCAUUGACGACCACUUUUACAAUUUUGCCUUCGUCCUAUUUGUCGCCUACGAUAUCAUGCUCACGAUUUCUUCCAACUACGGAUUUGGCAGAAACGUCACCGAAAUCGGCAUGGCGGACAUAGCACCGGCAAUCUUGUACGAGGCUAUCGGCACGACAAUUCUCGUCUCCGCCAUUGUUGUGUCCAAGGCUUCGUUGGCACUGUUUCUACUCCGGCUUGUCAACACACGCAUGCAUCGGAUCGUUGUCCUCGGGCCCGUCAUCAUCCUCUUCCUCUUCGCCACCGCCUCACUCUUGGUCUUCUGGUUCUCCUGCACGCCCAUAGAAUUUCUCUGGAACCGAUUCAUUCCUGGUGGAGCUUGUCAUAUCGACCCCGGCCCUAUCUCGACAGCUGCUGGAGCCUGGAGUGUUGUUGUCGACUUCUGGUACGCCAUCACGCCAUGGGCAGUGCUAUGGAACAUCCAGAUGCCAAAACGUGAGAAGAUGCUCAUUAACAUCAGUAUGAGCUUAGGUGUGAUUGCUGGUAUAUGUGGUAUCAAGAGAGCAUUGGAGCUUCAUAACCUCGCCAGUAUGAACUUUACCAAGGAUACGGUACAGCUUAUCAUCUGGCACGCGUGUGAGCUUGCAGUCACCAUGAUCUGCAUCGGCGUUCCCGUCUGCCGGCCUCUUUACAAGGGAUGGAUUAAUCAACUUUCUUCUCGAGGAGGCAGCACUCCUGGCGCAUACACGAAGGACCUGGCCGAUUCCAAUGGUGCAUUCGGCCUGAAAACUAUAGGAGGCACUGAUUAUUCAGUCAGAGUUGGGAACAAGACGCCCGACAUAAAUAUAACUAGCCCCACUGUACGGGGUGGGAAAGGGGCCAAUAGAGAUCCCACGAGGUCUAUGGGCAAGGCGUAUGGCGACGACAACAGCGUCGAUUCGAUAUUGGGCCCUGAUGAGCAUCAUGGCCAGGAGCGCAGCACGGGGGCUGAUGGAUAUUCAACUGAGGAUGGCAAAGGCGGUAGUCAGAAUAUCUGGGUGAGAUCCGAGGUGGUGGUCAAGUCGACAACACGGAACUAA